GUCCUCGCUGAGUGCAAAGAGUUAUUUGGCUGCCUGUCAAUGUUCAAAAGAAACGGGUUUAUUUUUGUGGAAAAGCUUCGCGUGAAUUAAAGUUGUGGUCUUUGGUGUGAAAACACGAUUUUAACCGCUUAUACUCCAAGUCAAGUGACCUGUUUUAGGUAACGUUACAUGUCAACAUUUGUUUUCAGUUUGGUUUGGUAUUUAUUUCCUGUAACCUGUACGUUUGUCAGGUCGUUGAUCGUGUUUAAGGAUAAAUCCAGGAAGUUCAACCUCGUAACAAUCAUUUCAGACAAAAUACCAUACAUUAAUACAGCGUAAUCUCUCCUAAUUUUGUUUGUUUACGUUACAAAAUAGUAGUAACGUUAUGUUAGCAAGGAUGUUGGCUAGUUACCAUUUUACCAUUUUCUGUUAAAGGCACUUGUAUUUAACUUGUUUUUUUUAUGCUAAGACGUUUAGUUUAAAUUUGCGACCUCCACAUGUUAAGUAUUUAGUGAAAACUAAAUACACAGAUGAUAAGUAAAUAAUCGUACAUAAAACAACAGAUUGCAACAAUAUGAAGGCUUUAUUCAACCAAUCCAACAGGUUCAAAGUCUUCUGAGUGUCUUGCAUGGAAAACAUUGUGGUGUACAUUCCCAAGGAAGCAUGUGUCAAAAACAUGCCUCUGCAGUCCCUGUCCAGCUCCACAGCCAGGAAGAUCAGUGUGGCUCUGUUUCCGCAUGGAUCAGAGAAACAGAAGCCACAGACAGUGACGUGGAUCUGUCCGGUUGAGCUCCGGGAAAAAGAAGUGACUGUGGGCAAGGACAGCAGAGAACCGGUCCCACUGAUCCAGAGGCCACUGGUCUCCAAAAUAACUCCAGGCCAGUUUUCACUGCCUGUUGUGAGUUCCAGCAUCACUGCCUUUAAGGUCUUAAGAACAAUUUUAAAAGUCAAUAAGCCUAAAAUAAAAUUUUCAGGGUUGGAAAAUGAUGCUGCCUCUCUGCCCAGCAUCAGGGAAUCUGUUCGACAGAAUGCUAUUAUUGUGUAUAAUGGCCAGAUCUUCCUCUCAGUGAAGAAGUCACAUUGCAGGCGAGUGAGAUUUCAAAACUCUCCCUCAGCACCUAUAGGUGUGUGUCCUGUUUCUCCUAGUAAACAAAACCAAAUAAAUACACCUAGCUGUCAGGCCCAACCACUUCUGGACACUUCACCCAGACCACAACAGAGCAAGAGACAGGAUGUUCAGACUCCAGUCAGAGAUCUUGACAUUAACAUACAGAUUUCACCACUUCUGCACAAAGUCUCUGAAAAAAUGCCUGUGCAAUGCUGGAAAUACAAAGAGUGUCAAAAGGAAGAUGAGUCCAGGUCACUGAGUAGCCCACCCAAACCUCCUGAGGAUCAAGAGACAUCUAGUUCCCAGCCAACUCUCCUCCAGCAGCUUCAGAUCAUCGACAUGUCUUCUAUUGCCUCAGAAAAGCCUGAAGCAGCAGCAGCAGCAGCAGGAGGAGAAAGAGAGACGCACGAGGAUGACAAUGAGCGUCUAGAGGGUGCAUUGCUCCCCAGGGCUGAGAGCUGUCUUGCAUUUGAUUUUGAACAGUUGGCCCAGGAGGAGAGAAUUAACCACCUACGAGCUCGGCUGAGACAGAAGGAAGCCGCGCUCAGCAUCUUUAACACAAAGCCAACGGAUCAGAUUUAGAGGAUCAGACUGCGUCAAAGAUAUCUGUUCAGGAGGUAUACAAGUUGCUAGUGCAUCAUUUAAUGUGAACAGCAUAUAGGAAGGGUUUACCCCAAAAAUUUAUAUUUUGUCAUCAUUUACUCAGCCUCAAGUUUUGUGCCAGUUUUUCAAAUCUGUCAAUUUUUCUUCUGCUGAACUCAAAAGAUCAUUUUGAAGAAUGUGGGUAGUUGCAGGUCGACGUUGGCCUAUAUAGUAUACGAGCCACUCUGUGGUUACCCAUAUUCUUCAAAAUCUCUUCUUUUGUGUUCAUCAGACAAGAAAGAAAUUCAUAAAGCAUUGGGACAUUUUGAAGGUGAGUAAAUGAUGACAA